AUGGGCGACGCCGCCAUCGCCUCCCGUCGGCGUCGGCUGGCCUCAAUUCUCCUCUCCCGGAAACCGCGCUUCACCGACAGCAAGAACGAGACCACGGCCGCAGUCGUAUCCAGGGAUGGCUUUACCAUGGAGGUCUCCUUCUGGAUGGCCGACCCACCGCAGCUGUCGAUCUUCUCCAUCCACUGCUGCAGUCCCCCUCAUCUGCAAGACCGGCCGUAUUCCGAGUUCUCAGAUUCGCCACACGUGGUCGGCGUCGGCGCGGAGGGCCGUUUCGUCCUCUUCCGCGCCGUCUUCAACGGCCACUACGCAUCUGAAUAUUUCCUGUACAAGGCCGGUGAGUCGCCGUUGCUCGACCGUAUUCCUUCUCCCCACGAGUAUUGUGAUGACGACCGCGAUGAUCUGCGCGGGGUCAGGGAGUUUGGCAUCCUGCAGCUCGGCAGCCACUAUCUCGUGGCCGCUCUCUGCCUCCCGCCGUCGUCGGAUGACUAUCACUUUCAAAUCUACUCGUCCGAGAAAAAGUCCUGGACCACUAGGACACUGCCCAAUCCAUGUCCUCGGAUCCACAGGAUUAUACCCGACAAGGUGAUCUCGCUUGGAGAAGGCUUACUAGGGUGGGUUGAUUUGUCACACGGCCUGCUGAUGUGCGACUUGCGUCAAGAUAAUGUAAGAUUCAUCCCGUUGCCGGAGCUGUUACCUGAGAACAGAUACAAACUAAAUUGUCCCAUUCCGCCUAGCACCGCAAAGAGAAAGAGAAAACUAGAGGACGAAUCUCACCCAAAUCUCUGGUGGUUUCGGGAUCUCACAUGCGUUGAUGGCGUGCUCAAAUUUAUUGAGAUGGAGAAUCUUGCUCCUGGAAUCCAGUGCGACAAGGAGGGUUUUAUCUACGAUUCGGACUUGAUCAUGUCGCUUGAGCGCAAAGAGGAUUGGAAUUCCAAGCAGCUGUAUUUUGGGGGUGCCUGUAGGGCUGUCACAUGGACUCGGACAGUUUCAUCUAACGGUUGGCGCCAGACAUGCGCUGCUGAUGUCGCUGACAUCUUGGUUGACGACGGAUCAGCGCAUUCGUCUUUGUUGCCCGGGCUGGGCAAAAAGUUGACAUUGGGGGACCUCUACUCAGCUUUCCCUAUCCUGAGCCCGGAUGGUGACGAUAUUCUUUAUCUCAAAUCUGUGUUGGAACCUAGUAUUCAGGAUGGAUGGGUGGCCGCUCUUGACUUGGGAAACAAGGCAGUGAAAGCAAUUGGAAAGUAUUAUCUUCCGGAUGAUUUUUAUUACGAACUUCGCUAUGACCUUCAACAUCCUUUCUUUGCCUGUACAUUGUCCCGCCAUCUGGAUAUGACUCCAGGCACUGAAGUCUCAGCGUGUCGCAAGAUCCCAGAGGAGGCUAGCAGCUCUGCAAAUCAUCCAAGUAACUCCUCAAUCUGUGUGGGUGAGCUCAAUUCCUGCGAACCAAGGAGCAAAAUCCAAUGGCCAUUGGAAUGGGCUCAGAAAAACAAGCGUGCACGGUAUGCUGCUGGGAGUAUUAUGCAGAAUGAUCAUAUUUCCCAGCAGCUUGAUGAGAAGGUGCUGGAGCUAGAGCGGGAGAUAGAGCAUGAGCUAGAGUGGAAGAAAGAGCGGAAGACACAACAGCAGUGCUUCAAAAAGUGGGAUGUGCAAUGCUAUCCCCCUGGGCAGUCAUUGUGGCCCCAAAACAAUCUGCCAGCGCGGCAAUACUUCAACAAGCCAGAUGGACCAUGUGGCCCUGGUUAUGCAUCGUUUGCCCCUGUACAUGGUCGUCACAACUACCAGCCACUGUGGCAGAAGCCACCACCAUUAAAACAGCUUUUCACUUAUAGCAGUGAGUUUGGACCUCAUGAGGUACCCCAGCCAUCCGUCAACAAUAGCAGUGGAGUCAUCUACCAUUGA